AUGUCAUUUUUUACAGAGGGUUCAGAACCGGCUUUUAGCCAUCGCUUAGCCCUCUUUCAUAACUUACCAACAGAUGCAGGAGUAGAGCAAACUGAGUGGAUUGACAUUCGACCAGUGGGAAGCACGGCUCACGGUGGGGUAAUUGAAUUUAACAUUUCGGGCGCGUCAACACAUUAUUUGGACUUGAAUAGAACUCGUCUUUUUCUAAGAGCAAGGAUAUUAAAUGAAGACGGUUCUCCUCUGAAGGAGAAAGAAAAAGUAGGAUUUGUUAAUUUAACCUUACAGAGCUUGUGGAAUCAAGUAGAUAUAUCAGUACAACAACAAGUCAUAACACCCACGGUUUCAACUAAUUAUGCGUAUAAAUCUUACAUGGACGUUUUCCUCAAGUACGGGACUUCUGCACAAGUCCCUUGCUUGUCUUCGCAGCUAUACAUUCCCGAUUCGGCUGGUUUCAUGGAUAGCGCUGACGCAGUUACAGGUGGAAAUAUGGGUUUAUUUCAGCGGGGCAGUUUGACAGAAAAGAGUUCAUUUGUAGAUCUUGAGGGCCCCCUAUACAUGGAUAUUUGUCAACAAGAUCGCUAUCUCAUCAAUGGUAUACAAGUAAACGUCAAAUUGUGGCCAAGUAGAGAAACAUUCUGCUUGAUGGCUCCAACAGGUUCAAAGCGAUAUCGUGUACAUAUUGAAGAUAGCAUUUUAAAAUGUUGCUACUUGAAAAUCAAUCCCGGCUUACUUCUGGGACAUAGCGAGGCUAUCAAAAAACAACCGGCUUUGUAUCCGUUCAUGAAAUCAGAUCUAAAAUGUUUUGGUAUACCGGCCGGGCAAUUUCAUUUGAAUGUAGACGACCUCUUUCAGGGAGAAAUUCCUGAAAAAUUAGUUGUCGGUUUUGUUUCAUCCAAAGCUUACAGUGGUAGUUAUGAACUUAACCCCUUUAACUUCCAACAUUUUCAUUGUAAUUUUAUAGCAUUUUAUGUAGAUGGUAAGUCUGUUCCAUCUGCACCAUUAGAGCCAAAUUUUAAAACCAAUAAUUAUAUCACUGCCUACACCUCAUUAUUUGUGGGAAAGAAGUCCGACUCGGAGACGGAGCAACUAGACCUUGGACGAACUGAUUACGCAAAAGGGUAUUGUCUGUUUGUUUUCAACAUUAACCCUUCCUCCGAGAAUGAUGACAACUUACCAUUAUUAAGAAAAGGUCACACGCGUCUACAGAUCAGAUUUGACAAAGCUCUACCCGAAGCAGUAACGUGUAUCUGCUAUGCUAAAUUCCCUGCUUUGAUGAGCAUAGACUACAGUCGAAACGUUGAAGUGAAAUAA